UUAGGUGUAAAAGACCAAGAAGGAGAUCUUAGACUAAUUUCCAAAUAUUCAUUCAAAUUAAAUGUACAAAAUCCAGGAAUAUGAGAUCUGAGAUGAUUGACUAAUAUAUUUGUCCUUAUUUUUAUAUAUGCUUAAGAUAUAUUUCCAAAUAGUUUCUGUUUAUUUUUUGGCUGAUAUGGAAAAUUAAAUAUGUUCCAUAUAUAUCUCUGUUCCAACGAUAUAUUUACUGCAAUAAAAGAAUUAUAAAUACUACAUGUUGAUGAAAUUUGUACAUCAGACUUGUUUUAGAUCCUAAAAAAUGGAUUAUCUCAUAAUUUUUCUUUUAGUUACUACUAUGUAUUUUGGGCUAAAUGAAGCUUGCAAAAAAAAUCAUGUAGUGAUUCAUAACGAACUCGGUCCUGGUAUUGAUCUCAACAUUGCAUGCCGGCAAUUCAGCAUAGAGCGUACACCUUCAAUGUUUCACACCCUAAAGUACAAAGAUCCUUUUUAUGUCAUUGAAUUCGAAGAUAAUAAUCAGCUACCUCAUGGUGAAAAAUGGUAUUGUAUGCUUAGUCAUGGGACUAGGCCAAAAUAUUGGUAUGAUAUCGAAGUAUAUCGUCAAGGCUAUUAUCCUCGAUGUGGUCAGCUACGCUCAUGGAUAGCCAAAACGGAUGGGAUUUGGUUUACAAGAAGAUAUAAUAGCCCGCCGGGACAUGUUCUUAAUUGGAAAAUUCAGUAACUAAUUUUUGAUGUAUGCGGGUUUUUCGUUUUGCGUCAUAUGUACUAUGCCGUAAAAGCGAAUUAAGUCAUCGAUCUAUUCGGUGGGAAAAUAUAUGGCAAAAUGUUGUAGUAAAAUAUAAGUUCAUUUGAUCUAUCUCUAUGUAUUUUGCAUCAACGUUUUAAAUAAUAAAAUAAUAUAUUUUCAAUACUCAUUUGUUUUACAGGUUUGCAUCGGUAUGGUUUUUUACAAGAUAUAUUAUUCUAUUUUGCAAAUCCUUAAACUUCCUUUAUCAUAUAAUCCGCUAGUUUCCGU